AACCCAACCCUGAACUUCGACCACAGAUAGUCAUUAUGACAACUUCCGAAUCUAUCUACCCCUUCAAGCUCUCAAUCCCUUCAUCCAAUCUCGAUGACUUGCAAACGCGUCUUCGCCUGACCCGUUGGCCAGACAAGGAGACAGUUACCGACUGGUCUCAAGGCGUUCCCCUUGCAACAAUCAAAGAGCUUUGCGAGUACUGGCAGACCAAAUAUGACUGGCGACGAUGUGAAGCACUGCUCAACUCGUACCCUCAAUUCACGACGGCUAUCGACGGUGUGGAAAUUUACUUCUUACACAUCCGGUCAAAGCACGCGGAUGCUCUUCCCAUGCUCCUUUCACAUGGCUGGCCUGGCUCGAUUCUGGAGUUUAGACAUGUAAUCGACAAGCUUAUUGACCCUGAGCCUCACGGCGGCGACCCUGAGGAUGCAUUCCAUCUGGUCGUCCCAGCACUCCCGGGCUACGCCUUCUCCAGUAAGCCCACGAAGGGAGGGUGGGAGAUCGCUCGCACGGCACGUGCAUGGGCUGAGUUGAUGCAACGAUUGGGAUAUGCAGACAGCGGCUGGGUAGCUCAAGGCGGCGAUUGGGGUGCCCACGUGGCCUCAAGUUUGGGCCAUCAAGCACCGAAGGGACUGAAGAGUAUCCAUAUGAACUCGAUAUACCUUGAGCCGAAGAAAGAGGCUCAAACACCAUGCCGAGAUAAGACAGGCGCAGAACGAGCCCUACAGCGCGAGCGCCAUCGGGAAAAAGGACACUACGGGUACUACGUCCAACAAUCGACUCGACCACAAACCGUUGGCUACGGGCUUGCCGACUCACCGGUCGCGCAGGCAGCCUGGAUCUAUGAAAAGUUUAGAGACUGGUCCCACCAUGACGGGGACGUGGAGAUGGUGUUCAGUAAAGAUGAUAUGCUCGACACGAUUAUGCUAUAUUGGCUCUCUAACUCUGGAACAUCGUCUGCGCGUUAUUAUUGGGAGUGUAAGUUCGACUCUACCGCGUGGCCGAUUGAUAUUCCGGUUGGUGUGAGCUGGUUUGCGGGCGAUACAACGUAUGGUCCGAGGGAGUGGUGCGAGAGAUACUACAAGAAUAUUGUGCAUUGGAAGGAGGUGAAAAGGGGGGGCCACUUUGCGGCAUGGGAGGUCCCAGAUCUUUUCGUUGCAGAGAUAUGGGAGUGGAGAAGGAAAGUCAGGUGAUAGAUCGUCGCGAGCAAGACGUGUGUACACAAGAUUAUGAGCAACAUGCACAGUAUGACUCUUAGUCAGGCUGAAACCGCUGUUUACAGUCCACUA